AUGGGCUCCCGAGAGCUUGUCUCUGAACACCAGCUUCCUCGAGAAUGCACUGAGCACGCUCUCGUCCUCUCGCUCUUCGGAUGCCACAGCGAUGAGAUGAGAUGCAUCUUUUGUUUCAAGAGCUCUCCGGCAUGUGUCAUCUGCUCGGCAAUCAGCAGAGCCUCUACAACGCCUCAACAACGACGCUCCCUCGAGCAUCCCUGGUUCAUCCUUCGCCUGUCCUUUGCAUCUGUUCAGGUUGAAGGUGUCCUUGCGCAAGUGGCACGAUUGGCUCCGCAACAACCUGCUACACAGCGUACAUGUACUCUCAUCAAUGGGUCCGCCGCGGCUCCCCUCCCUUCUCCGUCGCUUGACUGCUGCUGCGACGUCGUCCUGGAGAAGAUUGCUAAACUCUUAGCACAAGCGGAAGAGACUUCCCCCUCCGAUGUUCGAGUUUGCGCCUGUGUCCGGACCAUUUUCUGGUCUGUCGCGCUCGUGGCGGCUGCCUUGCAGAUUUUCGGUCUCUACGUGUGGUGGACUGAGCAGGAUGAGGAAGAUCGACAUGUUCAUGAGGAGUAG